AUGGAACAACAAAAUAAAUUUUUUGCUGAACAAACAUUAUUUAUGAAAAAAAUUUCACAACAUUUAAAUAUUGAUUCAACUGAGCAUAAAAUGGAAAUUAAUAUUGAUAAUAAAAUGAAUUUAGAAGUUCACAAUUUCCAUCAUCAUUAUGUUAAAUUACGUGAAAAUGAAAAAAAUAAUAAAUUACAUCAGUUAUUUGAUCAAAUUAAAAAUAUUAAAAAUGAAAAAAUUAUUAUUUUUGUUAAAUCAAUUGUACGUAGUGGUGUUUUGAGAAGAAAUUUACCUGGAAAUUUCUCUGCUAUUGAAAUUAAUCUUAGUAUUGCAAAAGAAGAACGUCAACAACGUUAUGAAGAAUUUAACAUAUUUUCAACAACUAUUCUUAUUACAACUGAUUUACAUGAAGAUAAUGUGAAUUUUGAAAAUGUUAAUAUUAUAAUUAAUUAUGAUAUGCCAGCAGAUACUUAUCUUUUUCGAGUUGCUCGUGCUGGUGGAUUAGAUAAAAAUGGUUUAGCAAUAACAUUUAUUACAAAUGAAAAUGAGAUGGCAAUUCUUAAUAAUGUUAAAAGUCAUUUAAAAGUACAAAUAACUGAAAUGCCCGAUGAUAUUGAUGUAGCUACAUUGGAAAAUCAUUAA